CUGUUCGAAGGACUUUUAAUGGUGUAGGAAGAGCUGUGUAUGUGUGUGUGUGUGUGUGUGUGUGUAAGAACUGUCCUCCUCCUCCUCGCUGGGCUGUUUUUAGAGGCACACAAUGUGUGUUGGGUGAGGUCCAGAGUCUCUCAGGACAAGCAUGAUUUUGCAGCAUUCAUCAUUUAUGAAUGAUGAUUACCAUCGGCUAAAUUUAGUGCUCUGUAUGUGUGUGUGUUUUCUCUCUAAUGCAUCCUAGAGCUAUUUCAGUUGGGAUGUCCCCAGAUGGAUCCAAUCCCCCGCAGCGCGGUUAAUCUCACAUGUGUAGUUGUCAAGCACUGGUCCUGUCAGCUGGUUCUGCAGGUCCAUAAUUUUUAUUUGGUUAUGGGAAAACACCAGAAGCUCCUCCCCUUAUGCCCCGCCCACACUGCUUGCUCUGUUCCUGGACAGGCAGUGACCCGUGAAAGGGGACGUUGUGGAGGUCUUACCGACGUCUUACGCAGUGCAGGGAGGAGAACUCCCUGGAAGUCCCAUGGCAUGAACAAUGGGUUCCUCACCAUCUGGGUCCCCUCCCUCACCCCCGUAGGACUGGAUCAUGUCUCCAUCCACCAGCCGACCCCUCAGCGAGCCCUCGUUCCGUAUCCCUUGCUGUGGAGAGACUAGUGGAAGAAACAUCCAAUGCUGCAAAACUGAACUACAGCUUCCUGUAACUGCAAGCCGACAUUGGAGGUGGAACAAUUAAUGCGAAAACCCCACACCCCCAUCCUCCCUGCCUCCAAGCUCCUCCUACUCCAUCGUCAUGGCGAUGAGCAGUGAUCCUGGUUGUGUGGGGGUGGACCCUGACCCAGACUCCUCCCAGGAGGCUGAGAUGACUGACAAGAUGUCUGUGGUGUCACUAAGGUCUGAUCCCUCCUCCAGUGUAGUGAAGAAUGGGACAGGUGUUAAGAAAGCUCUGCCCAUGAGGCCACACCUGUCAGGCCGGAAGAUGUCAUUGCAGGAGAGAGGAACGUACGUGUCUUCUGGGAGCGGGGCUGACCGCUAUUCCCGAAUAGCCAGACAGCCAACCAUUGAGUCCAAGCGAGUGUCCAUCUCAGACUCGCAGGAUUGCAUCCAGCUUAACCAGUACAAGUUAAAGAGUGAGAUUGGGAAGGGCUCAUAUGGUGUUGUCAAGCUGGCGUACAACGAGGAUGAUGACAAAUAUUACGCAAUGAAAGUGGUAUCUAAGAAGAAGCUGAUGAAACAGUAUGGUUUUCCCCGCCGCCCUCCUCCCCGAGGUCCUAAAGCAGCCCAGGGGGAGCAGCCCAAGGUGCUUGGUCCUCUAGAGAGAGUUUACCAGGAGAUAGCCAUCCUGAAAAAACUGGACCACCUCAACAUAGUUAAAUUGGUUGAGGUGCUGGAUGAUCCAGCAGAGGACAGCCUUCACAUGGUGUUUGAGCUGAUGCAGAAGGGCCCUGUGAUGGAGGUCCCCAGCGACAGUCCGUUCAGUGAGGACCAGGCCCGCUGCUACUUCAGAGACAUUGUUCUUGGCAUCGAGUACUUACUUUAUCAGUUAACUUACAAUAAAGUGUCUCUAUUGGUCACCAGCCCUGUGAUGGAGGUCCCCAGCGACAGUCCGUUCAGUGAGGACCAGGCUCUGGAUGUGUGGGCUAUGGGAGUGACCCUCUACUGUUUUGUGUAUGGGAAGUGCCCAUUUAUUGAUGAGUACAUACUGGCACUUCACAAUAAGAUCAAGAGUAAGCCGGUGGAGUUCUCCGAGACGCCAGCUAUCAGUGAGGGGCUGAAGAACCUGGUCUCACGAAUGCUGGACAAAAACCCAGACACCAGGAUCACCAUUCCUGAGAUCAAAGUGGACCCCUGGGUGACUAAGGAUGGCACUGACCAUUUGCCUUUAGAAGAGGAGCACUGUACUAUAGUAGAAGUCACUGAAGAAGAGGUGCAGAACUCAGUGAAGUUCGUCCCCAGUCUGUCUGCUGUGAUUUUGGUCAAAGCCAUGUUAAGGAAGCGUUCCUUUGGGAAUCCAUUUGAGUGUCCCAGCAGGAGAGAAGAGAGAUCCAUGUCUGCACCUGGCAGUCUGCUCAUGGACUCUUGGCCGUUCCGGCCCUCUUUUAAACUCCAGCCCUCAUUAAGAAAAGGGAGCAGUGGAGAGGCUGGUAGAGAAGUUGAGCUCGAGGAUUUACAUGAGGACGAACCACCCACCUCUUGAGUGUCUUCAUAGAUCCUGAAGAGUUCCUCAUUGUCCUUCCAUUCCUUCGAGCAGAAGAUGAUCAUGACCCAAACUGCUCCACUACACUCUGUUUCCACCGACUUGAGGCUUACCUUGACAUUGAACUGGAUUCUGCUAUUGCUAGUCAUCCUUCAGGCUUUUCAUCUUUGUCAGUCUUGCACAAGAAUCACUUUUCCUGCCUAUGGUUCUCAUGAAACCUGGCCUUGAUAAUUUGGCGGAAAACUAUUCUUUCUCCUUCAUACCAUUUGGAUCUUUCCAUCCUGGUCCUCACAUCCUGGCUAAACUAGUAGAUUUGGUGUGGAAUCUAUAUUAGGCCAGGUUUGUGUGAAAGACUAUGCCACAAGUGUUCUAGUGCAUAAGACUAAAGCAUGGACAAAAGAUGCUAUUAACUUGGUAAGCUGUUGAUGCAGUGUGCUGCCAUCAUAACCUCUGUACAUGUGUAGAAAAUAAUAGCAAUGGCGUCUUGCCUUUUUUGUAUAUGUUAAUGUGCAAUUCUUAACCUUAUCCAUCAUAGCAUGCCUGAAAUAUGGCCUUCUCCAUAUAAUGGUGGUUCCAUAUCUCUGUUGCUUUCCAUUUUUUCAUACCAUAAAAUUGUCUAAUUUCAUUCUGAUACGAUAUAUAAACACACACAGUGUCGUACUGUGAAACAAAGGGGCUUAUGUAACUACUAGACACUAAAAGAGGCUCUUGUCUUCACAUUCAAUCAAUUCUAGAAAACAGGGCUUUCUCAUACAGCGUGUUUGAGCACUCGGUAUAACCAUUAUCUAGAACAUGGCUUAUUUUCCAUGUUUGUGAAUGUCGCAAAUGCAGCAUACGGAUCACACCGGAUGCAGGGCUCUCGUGUUGCAGCACUUUGUCUCUCUGCAGGAACAGAAUGUGUCAUUGUUUACCGAGUCUUCACAUUCCAAAAGGCUUAUUUGUCAGUCAGCAGUGCUAACGGGCCCUCGAACACACACGCAAACAUGCCACCGAGGCGAGCGGGUGUGCACUGAUGUGGAAAGAGAGGGAGUCACUUUCACUCAAAACAGACAAGCCAAUUGAAGGAAGGAUCUGAAUAUGGUGUUUAGCUGUGUAACGAAAGUGAACUGCCAUUCAAUGUCAUCACUGUCCCUCUCGGCCUGUAUUAACUCCGUCCAAAACAAUACGCCCUUGUUUACAUCGGAUCAUCUGCCAGUCGAACCCAUCAUCCCCUGUGUUCGAAUCACGUAUUGAAAGUACAAAGAGAGUCUGAGUGGACAAUCAUUGUAAAGGGACAUUGACGAUCGAGAUGUUUAAUUACCAGAGCAGAGCACUCAUAUUAAUUAGAUUUUUACUAUGCGUGUUUCAAUUUUAAAAGGACAGUUCACCCAGGAAUUAAAUAGCAUUAAUAGCAAAUACUUGCCUAUUCAGACCAAUGCUUAAAAAAAUGUCAGACAGGCUGAAUUAAAAGGACAAAAUUCACUCUAUUAAGUCGGUGGCUCUGUUCAAAAGCAGAAAUACCCCAUUUACCCUGGUAUUCUAAGUGCUGUGCAGUGUUCUAUUUCUGAUGCCCAGUUGUCAUGGAGAAAAAGGAAGUCAAACCAUAUUUACGUUUUCGAACAGCCAUUCCGAUUUUUGUGUUUAUUAUUGUGAUUAUCAAACAACACUGGAUUCUUUGUCUGUUAUUCACAUUUGCUUAGCAAAAUAGUCUGUUCGUGAGCACCACCAAGUCAUUGUUUUAUGUAACAGCAGUGGCUCAUGGCAUGUGAUCAAAAGCGCAAAUAUGAAUGGUUUUCCAGUUUUCUUCUCAGUGCAAUGGAAGAGAGAUUACAACACCUCUUCAUAAAUAAAUUAAAAAAAGUUGCAUUAAUGGUAUGCAAAUGAUUGUGUCGGUCUGAACAGACGCAUUAAUUCAAAUACAUUUAAAUGAAUGUUUAUCAAAGCAAAUAUUUGUCUUUAUGUGAACAGGCCUUUACCCUCAUAUCAUUCCAAACUUUUUUUGCGUGAAACACGAAAAGAGAUAUUCAGCCGAAUGUCCAAGCUGCUCAUGUAAUGCAAUUGGUUGGGUCACCAACCAUUCCCCUUUCAUUGCAUAGAAAUGAACUGCUUUGACUAUUUCAGGGUGAACUGCCCCUUUAAUUAAUUUU